AAACUUGCACUAUGUCGGCUCAGUGGCGCGCGCUCAAUCAUAUAAUUAACAGUGCUACAUAUUAUUUACCAAAUGAGUCAAGGUCUUCACAUCGCUUGAGAUGGCCAGUUACGUGACAUGUUACUGUGUAUUUUUGUGUCUUUUAGGAAGUACCUUUGGGCGGAUUGCUUUUACAAACUUGAACAUAUCAAUUGAAAUUACUAGAAGUGAUCAGACUGGCCAGCCCAAAUCUGUAAUUUCGAUAAAUUCUACCGAAGGAGCCCGCCUAAUACAAGAUAUUGAAAAUGAAAUAGAUUUCGAAGUGAAUUUAAAUCCAAAUCCUACUCCUCGUAAUACCGAAACCUCUUCUGAAGCCGACGUAAAGGAUAAUGGGUCUUCUACCCCUAAACUCAAUGAAGAUAACGGAACAGCUUUGAUAUUGACACCGUACAUUGAAGAAGGUCGCAUUGAUGAUGGGCGUAAGGCGGCCGAAGUGGACCCUGGGGUGUUUCUCGGAGUCAAGAGCUACUCGGGAUUUCUCACGGUCAACAAGACGUACGAUUCGAACACAUUUUUUUGGUACUUCCCUGUACCAGACAAGCCUGUGAACGAAACGCCAUGGAUCGUGUGGCUACAGGGAGGGCCGGGUGUGUCGAGCUUGACAGGCCUUUUUAGUGAAAUCGGACCAUUCACAAUCAAAGAUCAAAGAUAUCUGAAACGUAACCCUCAUACGUGGCUUCGGAACCACUCGUUGGUGUUCAUCGACAACCCGGUCGGGACCGGCUACAGCUUCACGCAACACGAGGAUGGCUUUGCCAAGGAUAUGGAAACUUACUCAAAGCACCUGUACAGCGCGUUGCGGCAGUUCCUGGAACUGUUCCCGGAGCAGCGAGCAGCGCCGCUCGUCAUCGCGGGCGAGUCGUACGCCGGCAAGUACGUGCCGGCGCUGGCGAUGGAGGUCCACCGGCACAAGAACUUCCCUGGAGGAGACAUCAAUCUCAGGGGUCUGAUGCUUGGCAACGCGUACAUGGAGCCCAGCAUGCUCGCGGAGAUCACCAGGCCCUACUACAACUUCGGGCUCUUGGACAAGGAGCAGAUACAGGAGGCACAGCCGCUGAUCGACGCUUUCCGCCAGGACAUAGAGGCAGGCAGAAGUAUUGCAGCGAAACAGAAGUGGAUGGCUAUAGCCUCCAUGUUAAUAGAGAUGUCAAGUCUGCCUCAUGCAUACAACUUUCUUCAAGACACGCCGCUUUUUGCUGGCGAUUAUUCGGAGUUUUUAUUGAAGUCAGUGAUAAAAAGGGCGCUUCACGUGGGAGAUAUUGAUUUCUCAUUGAUAAAUGUGACUGCGAACAUGGCUCUAGCACCGGAAUUCCUGUCGAAUACCAGACCGAUGCUCGAGACGCUUCUCAAUCACUACGACGUUAUGGCGUAUUGUGGUCAGCUGGAUCAGAUGCUGUCAUGCGCAGUGGCAGGGGAGCACUACCGCAAAUGGCGAUGGGACCGCAGGGCCGAGUUCCUUAACGCAACCCGGCAUCCACUGCGUUUCAAAGGGAAGCUGGCUGGGUAUUACAAAAGCGGCGGCCGCUUCACCGAGGUGGUGGUCCGCGGCGCGGGACACAUGGCGGCGAAGGAUGCGCCCGCGCCGAUGCAGUGGCUCGCGGCGCAGUGGACGCACGCCCGGCCACUGCCACGCCGUAGCCGCGUGAGCGCUAUAGCUUGGCAGGAGUACGUCGACAGUAUUACGACCAUGUUCUCGAACGAAACUCACGCCUUCUACCUAAACAACAUUUGGUUUAUCAGAAAUCUCGCGUCUUGCUCGCGCACCGUGUGUUAUUGUGCUGUCUCUCUCACGACUAUACUCUCUCUGAGAGAGUCGACCAUCCGUACCUCUAGUAGGAAAAACUUUCGAGUUCGUUUCGUUGCGUAUUCAAAGUGUCAUCGAAAAACUUUAGGUACAGUAGUCAGUGGUGUGUUUACAUUGUUGUGCAUAAUGAGGCAGGCUGUUGCAGCAGUAAUACUUUUUGGGUCUAUGACAAUUGCUUUAAUUCUACCAAAUACACCGCCCCUGAUCCUCACCCCUUACAUCCUGCAGAACCAAACUGACUUAGCGAGGAACUUGUCAGAAGUAAAUCCAGAAAUCUUUCUGAAUGUGUCGAGUUACUCCGGUUUCCUUACGGUUGACAAAAAACACGACUCCAACCUGUUCUUCUGGUACUUUCCUGUACCUGACAAACCCCUGAAUACCACUCCAUGGAUCAUCUGGCUGCAGGGCGGGCCAGGAGUCACGAGCCUGGCCGGCCUCUUCGUAGAAAUGGGUCCGUUUAUGUACGAAAAUGAUGGAUUGAAAUUGCGCAAGUCAGCGUGGACCCAGGAGUACUCCAUGCUGUUCAUCGACAACCCGGUGGGUGCCGGCUACAGCUUCACCAACGGCUUCGAUGGCUUAGUUCAAAACAUGGACGAAUGCUCGAACCACCUGUACAGAGCCCUGCAGCAGUUCCUGUCAUUGUUCCCCGAGCUCCGUUCCGCGCCGCUGUAUGUGGCGGGCGAGUCCUACGCCGGCCAUUACGUGCCUGCGCUCGCGCACAGAAUAUUACACCCGCCAGCCCUGCCUGAUCUACCACUACGGGAUACGACUAUUAACUUGCAGGGCGUAAUGAUGGGCAAUCCUAUAAUAGAUCGUAGAGACGAAGUGAACCUGACCUCGGUAUAUUACCAGUGGGGCCUCAUUGACCCUCAAGGAGUCUUGGCUGUGAAGCCGCUUCAGGAAAAGUACGCAAAGGCCAUACAAGAUGGCGAUUACAUUAAGGCUACCGAGACCCGCAAUACAUUAUUGGAUAAGAUUGAAAUUGGAACUGGCCAGAAACAGUCGUACAACGUUCUGAAGGACUACAUCGACGUGUUAAACUUCCAAGAGUUCGUGACGUCACCUCCUGUCAGGGCAGCCCUGCAUGUGGGGAACGCCAAUUUUGAUUUUCGCCACGGGUCCGCGAAUACGAUGCUUCGGCAAGAUUUUCUAGUCAGUCUCACAGCAAAAGUAGAAGAGCUACUGGAGCAUUACAGGAUAUUGAUUUAUUGCGGUCAGUUGGAUCUGACAGCGCCGUGCGUGAUGAACGCAGAAGCCCGCAGGCAGCACUGGCGCUGGAGUGGGCGCCAGGCUUUCUUGAACGCGCCGCGGACACCUUGGUCUCAUAAUGGCACCGUCGCCGGCGGUCAGUUAGAUCUGACAGCGCCGUGCGUGAUGAACGCAGAAGCCCGCAGGCAGCACUGGCGCUGGAGUGGCCGCCAGGCUUUCUUGAACGCGCCGCGGACACCUUGGUCUCAUAACGGAACCGUCGCAGGAUACGUGAAAAGUGGCGGGAAUUUCACCGAAGUACUUGUACGUGGUGCCGGGCACUUGGUGCCGAUGGACAAACCUUUCGAGACCCUGGAGCUGAUCUCCUCUUUCGUCGAAGGUCGGCAGUUACCAUUAAUACCUGUUUUAAACUAUAUACAACUCGACACCCCUCCACUCGAAGAAGAUACGAUUUACAAUAAGGUUUAUAACAGUAAAGGGUUAGUCGCUAGUAUCGUUCUCAAUGUCUUCUUCGUGGUAAUUAUUGCACUUGGUGUAGUGUACGUCAUCAGGUGGCGGAGACGUCACAAUAAUUACUUGAACGCAAUGAUCGAUAACUCGAGUCUCAGCGAUGGAAUCCUCACUAUGGAAUGAGCAUGGUGAUGUGGCACGUGUGUCCAUCAAUUAGUUCAAAGAAAGUCUUAGCGACACGAUGACGAGAGGCAAAGAUAUUGAAAUGUGGAAAGGUAACAAAGUAAAUCAAGAAUAAUGAAACAGAAUAAUUUCUUGCGUUUGAUUUCUAAUUAUUAAUAGUUCGGUCAAAUAAUAGAGUUCCGACUAAUAAUAAAUAAGACAUCGUUACGAGUAUUACUUGUAUUUUUGUAUAAAUGAAGAUUUUAAACUUAUGUAAGCGUUGUGAGUUUUCAAAGAAACAUACGCGUCAGUUAAACUAGUCAAUUUCUUAAUACAUAAUUAGGUACGUACUUUUCCUAUCAAAGCAGUAACCAAAU